UUGUUUCUUUCACACUGUCCAAACUCUCCUCCGCCACACGUACCACCAAAUUCCUGCAUAAUAUACACACAUUCAUAAUCUGAAAAACCACAUUCAUAGACCAAAAUGGACAUCAAACAAAAUGGUUACUUCCAUGAAACCAAAUUCAUAGACCGAAAUGGCCAUCUCCGAACCACUAGGGUUCCAGUGGUUCAAGAACUCGCCCUAAAAGGCCUCAAAGACUUGCCCAAAAGGUUCAUAAGCUUGAAUCCAGACGGCCCAUUAUUAGUCCCCACCUCAUGUGUUCAAGAUGGCUCGGACUCAUCAGAGACCCUUCUUCCACCCAUAGAUGUGGCUAAACUGAGAUAUCAUGGGUUGGGGUCAGAGGGUCGAACCCAAGAGCUAGCCAGGCUAGCCGGUGUGGUCAAGGAAAUGGGUAUGUUCUUGAUUGUGAAUCAUGGGAUCGAAUGUUGUGUUUUGGAGGAUGUUAAGGAUGUUGUGAAGGGGUUCUUUGGAUUGUCGUUUGAAGAGAAGAGAGAGAGUGUUGGAACUUAUAUGGAUGUUGACAACAUGGGUUAUGGUCGGAAUUUUGUGAAGUCGGAGGAUCAGCCGUUGGAUUGGAUUGAUCGGUUGACCAUGAAAGCUGCUCCCAAGGAUGCUACUGAUGGACUCCUUGUGUGGCCUCAAAAGCCACCCAACUUCAGGCAAGUGAUGGAGAAAUACGUGGAAGAAGCAAGAAAAGUUUGCAAUGACUUACUAGUGGCCCUAGCAGAAGCCUUAUCACUAAAAAACCAUGCUUUCCUCCAAAACUUUGAUCACAAAAAGAGUGAGAUCAAUGUUCGGGUCAAUUAUUACCCACCCUGCCCAAGACCCGACUUGGCCCUAGGCUUAACCCCACACACCGAUGCCAGCGCCCUCACCUUUUUAAUGCAGUUCGGGUCCACCAGCGGACUCCAAGUGCUCCGGGACCUGAAGUGGGUCCCCGUGCCUUGGCCAGCUGAUGUACUAUUGGUCAGUGUAGGGGACUUGUUGGAGAUUAUGAGUGGUGGAAGGUUGAAGAGCCCGUGGCACCGGGUUGUGACCCAGAUGGAUGUGGAGCGACUCUCAAUUUCUUUGUUCUAUAACCCGCCCGCCCAAGCAGAGAUUGAACCCGUGGUGGAUGGUUACGGGUCGAGCAAUGAGGGUUAUAAGAAAGUGGUUGUGGGAGAAUAUUUGAAGAACUAUUAUAAGAUUAGCCCUACAAUUGAUAAGCAAGCUAUAAAGUUUGCCAAGGAAGUGUCGAUGGUUGGCAACCUCCAAUCCAUGGUUUCUGCAAGAUUAAUUGUGAUGUGGCCACCAAGAAGGGCUCUAAUCAGGCCUCGAUUGCAGCUAUUUUGCGGGUUCUAAGGGGGAGUUAUUGGAUAGUGCUAAAAAGAUUUUUGUCUCUUCCUCUCUUCAAGGUGAGACCUUAGCUUGCCGAUGGGCUUGUUUAUCAGUUCUUUCUAGCAGAUUACCUAAUGUGGAGAGUGAGGGAGAUAACCAAAUGGUCAUUCAUCUGAGAAUCUCUGAUACUGUUCCUCCAUGGGAAUGUGGGGCAAUUUUUAUGCUCUGUUUGUUUGGGAGAUUUAAUGAGGGAUUUGGAAAAUGAAAGAGAAUGUAUGUGAAAUUAGGUGAAAUAUAAGUAUAUUUUAUUCAUAUUAUACCUACUUUUUUCCUUUUCAUUUCCAAAUCCCCCAAACAAGCACAGCGUUAGUGGCAUCAAGCGAAUGGCAGAGCAAAGGAAUUUGUCUUUCCAUUGGUUUUCCAGGACUGCUAACAAGGUGGCUCACUGGGUGGCGAAAGCUUUCCUCCAGGAUCAGCUCCCUCUUGACUGGGUUUCUUGCCCCCAUCCUGCUCUUGCUUCUUUAAUUGAUACUUCUUAAUGUUUGUUUUACUGUUUUGUCUAAAUUUCUCUGUUUAAAAAAAUAAAAAAUGAGGCACACCUUAUCAACA